ACAUAUUGUUUGAAUCGAAGUUGGACAUGAAAUGAUCCCAGAAAUAUGCUCGUAACUUGGAUUUUAUUGCAGAAGGAGAAAGAGUUAUAUCGAAGAAAGUUACUUCUACCGAGGGGGUGUUUCAGCUUGUAACUAUGGCCAGCUCUAGUAGAAUGACUACAGAACUGGACAAACUCGUGUAUAUUGAAAUGGCCGGAUGGAAACUUUACAGACUUGACCAGAAACAUAAUGUCAACAAUUUCAAACUCCAUCAUCAGGGGCAACAGAUUAAGGUAUAUUAGUCGAUUCCUGUAGUCCAAGAG